AUGCCUCCGCUAUUCUUCUCCGACAUGGACAGCCUGCCCCGUCCCAUCCGCGCCGACAUCUUCCGGUACGCCUGCACCGACGGCGGGCCCACCGGUGCCGCCCUCGCCCGCACCUCGCGCGCCGUCGCGGCAGAGACCGCGCCCUUCCGCUUCCACUCCCUCCACCUCACCAGUCUCCGGCAGAUUGGCCAGCUCCUCCUCUGCCACGAACGCCUCCAGCGAACGCACACCGCGCCCGCCGCGCCGCCGCGCCGCCCCAUCCCGCGCAGCCAAGCGGCGCUCGCGCACCGGCGCAACCGAUCCGCAUCGCCUGCCCGUGGGACCCUGCCCGCGCACCACCUGCUCCUCAACUUCCUCCCUGGCGAGUGUGACGCACCGAAGCGCGCGUGGCGCGCGUGGGACGAGUACUCGACGGGCAAGGGCAAGCAGCGCGAGGAGCUCGCGGACGACGAGCGCGCGUGGGCGGCGGCCAAGGCGUCCUGGGACGCCCAGUUCGUCGUCCUCGUCCCGUGGCUCUUCGCGCUCGUCGCGCCGACGCUCGAGACGAUGGUCGUCCUCCAGAGCGUCGACCUCCCGCUCCCGUACGUCCUCGGUGUCGACGGCUUCCGCGGCUUCCCGCGCCUCCACGAGCUCGCGCUCCUCGCGAACGACAGCAUGUUCGUCCACGGGGACAUCCAGUGGUCUGCGACUCCGCGGGGCUCCUUUGACACAGCGCCGACCUCACGCGCGGCGUUCGACCAAACGGCGACGACGGCGACGCCGCCGCGCGGCUCCUUCGAGUCCGACAAAGCGGGAAGCAUUGCCUCGCGGAGCACGGGGAGCGAGACCGCCUCCAACGCGUCCUUCCACGGCUGUGCGAAGACGUCGCUCGACUCGCGCGGGUCAUUCGAGAGUGGCCGCAGGCCGUUUGGCACGCCCUCGCGCGCGGCCUCCCCCGCCCCCGAGUCGGACGUGGGAUUGGAGCCGACCGCGGCCGCCUUCCCCGCGCUCACCCACCUCCACGUCGUCUACGAGGGCGCGAAGGCGACGCCCUGGGAGAAGACGCUCCCCGUGUGGAGCAGGCUCGCGCCGGGGCUCACGCACCUCCGCGUCUCGCAGGCGAGCAAGCUCGUGCCGGAGAUGCUCGACACCCCGACGCUCACCAUCCCCCGCGCCCACGUCCGCGCCCGCAGCGAGUCCCCGCACCCGCCCCCCACCGGCCCGCUCCCCCCGCUCCCGCCCCCGUCCCUCUCAAGCCUGGAUUUGCACGCGCAGUGGCCCCCGUCGCCCCGGCCGCUCCCCCGCACGCCCCACCACGCCCGCUCCGCCCCGCUCCUCCGGCGGAACCGCCAGGACCCGACGGGGCUCUUCCCGAGCCUCCGCCUCGCGCUCGUCCAGCCGUUCGUGCGCGCGCCCGUCUCCGGCCACGCCGCGCGCCUCGAGGCGUUCGCGACCGUGCACGCGACGCGGCACGGCCGGCGCGGGACGACGAUCGUCCUCCUCCGCGGGCGCGCGUUCCGCCCCGAGGCGGCGUACUGGGCGGACCGGCUCCGGUGGGCGUGGGCGGGCGCGAUGUGCGGGGACGCGGCGCUCGGGGUCUGGGGCGCGCGCGAGCGGGAGGACGAGGGCGAGUGGGCGUACGAGCGGCGGAAGCGGCGGGAGGUCGCGGAGGCGAGGGAGCGCGCGAGGGCGCGCGCGCAGGAGGAGGCGAGGGGGAAGGAGGUCGUCCACCGCGGGGCGCUGGGGAAGAUCAGGCUCGACGGCGUCGAGCUGUCGCUCCAGAUGUUCAAGCCGUUGGCGGGGUUGAAGCGGGUUUUGUCUGCUAUCGCUUGA